AUGGGUCUGAAUCGGUUAGAGGUUCUGGCUGUGUCGAUUUUCCGGGCUCUGACUCUGAACAGGCUGUUGUUGCAGCUGGCCAUUCGGCGACGCGCCGGCGUUGGCGUGCGACGAAUUGCUGCAUCUGCAGAGCUCGAUGCCGAUCGUCUGGCAUUGAGGCUUCGCCUGGGUGACGAUUGGAAAGAAGUUCUUGGUGCGGCCAGCAAGGAUGUGAGCGAGGCACACGCGGUCCUCGUCGCUUCAGGAGGGCUGGAAGCGAACCAGGACCAGGCCUCGGCUGCAGCGGCCCUGACAGAGCUUCCACAGGCGCUCACAGAGGCACGCAAGGCGAAGAGUCGCUGGGAUGCGGAGCAGGAGCGGCUCACGGCGCAAGCUCAGGAGGCGGCGCAUCGGGUGACACCGGCGCAGCGCCGACAGGCUGCCGAGUGGACGUCCAGCAUGCUGAAUCGCACGCCCUCGACACCCUCCGCGCCAGAGAUGAUAGGACCCGUCUGUUGGCUCCGUCUGGGUCCGCCCCCGGCCAUGAAACCGGCAGGGUGCUACCUGUUCGGCACCGUGGGCACCGGGAAGAGCACGGUCAUGGACCUUUUCUGCCUGACCACCCUCCAGGGUUGGCGUGUUCGACGGCAGCACUUUCACGAGUUCGCCCUGUGGCUGCAUCAGCACCUCCAUCGGCUCCGCUCCACAGCUGAGCCGCAGAGACACAUCCUGGAGAGGGUGGCGGAUGAGGUUGCAGAGGGGAUCGACCUCCUCUGCCUGGAUGAGCUGGCGGUGACCAACGUGGCGGAUGCCGCGGUCUUGACGGAGCUUCUGCAGCUGCUUGCUGUCAGGCAUGUAGCUGUGGUCUGCACGACCAACCGGCCACCUGAGGACCUCUACAAGGAUGGUCUUCACCGCGAGCGCUACCUCCCUGCGCUGGUCUCGCACAUUCGGGACAACUUGUUGGUACAAGGUGUAACCGGGCGGGAUUACCGCGCUGCGAUGCACCGUGCCGAGUUCGCCAUCUCGGAGGCCAGCGGACCAGCGGUUUUCUUCGAGGAGGGAGAGGCGGAGGAGGCGCUGGAUCAGGCAUUGGGGACGGAGAAACCGCAGUUGGCACCCGGGGCUAUCAAGGUCUCCUGGGGCCGCUCCCUACCGGUGCCAGGGCUCGGAGAUGGCAUGGCCCAGUUUCACUUCGAUGACCUGUGCCGGAAGCCCCUGGCAGCCGAAGACUACCUCAUCUUGGCAACGAAGUUCCACACGCUCUUUGUCCACGACGUGCCUCGCCUCACCCUGGAGGAGCACAACGAGGCAAGAAGGUUUACGAACCUCGUGGAUGCACUCUAUGAGCAUUCUGUGCGGUUGAUUUGCCACAGCAACGGGCGGAUUGAGGAGGUCCUCCGAAGCAUUGAGGUGCUCCAAAAGGCCAGCCAGGAUGAGGAGUUUGAUGCAGAUCGUCUGGGUGUUUUCGAAACCAUGUACGAUGACAGCCCAAACUUCCAGAUCCAGAUCAAGGAGCUCGGUAGCCGCGAGCGAUGGAAAGAACUUCAGGACCGCCGCAUGGCAGAGGAGCAGCAACAUGAGGCUCAGCGUCUUCGCCGCCUGGGCAACGUGGAUGCUGCGGAGGGCGACACUGGCAGCUUCUGGAGCGCAGCGCCUGCUAGUGCAGAUUUGAGCGCUCCGGACCAGGGUGUCGCCGGUGUUAUGGUGGCCGCUGUGGGCUCUUUGCAGGAAAGCGGCUUCGCGGCGCGUCGUGCCGCGAGUCGCUUGAAGGAAAUGCAGACCAGCACCUACCUCGAAGCUGCUCGCAGGAGACGCGAAUCCUUCGGCUCUCUGCCUUGA